AUGGCCAGCCACCGGUGCGCCGCCGCCUCUCUGCUGCUCGCGUCACUGCUGAGCGGCGUCCGCAGCACCCCGCCGCAGGCCGCGUGCUUCCUGCCCAGGGCGCGCGGCGUCUGUCAUGACUUCACCCGCGCGUGGCACUUCGACUCGGAGCAGGGCGACUGCGCAUCGUUCUGGUUCGGCGGUUGUGGCGGCAACGCCAACAACUUCGCGUCGGCGGCGCCGGCCGUGCGCGGGCCCUGCACCGACGCUGCCAUGCUCUGGGCCUUCGACGCGGCCGCCGGCGGCUGCACGCCGUUCGUCUAUGGCGGCUGCUACGGCACCAGCAACCGCUUCGCCACGCGCGGCGCGUGCGAGGCGCGAUGCCUAUCCUCGCCGACCCGCUGCCGGCAGCCGGAGCGCGAGCGCGGUCCGUGCCAGCACGACCAGGCGCGGUACUCGUACGUGCAGCUGUCACCUGUUCAGCUACCGCGGCUGCGGCGGUAA